AUGACGAUUCUGUCUCGCGCCUGCCUCGUAGCUCUGCUCCAUGACCACAGGAAGAUUUUGAAAUCAUACCGGCCCAUCGUCGCCAACAAAAGGACGAACCACUCGUUUACGAACCCCUGGAGAUUCCGGAACAGGCGGGCCAGGCCCUCUCCGUCCACUCUUUCGCCCUCCACCAUCCGACGCCGGAGACCACCUCGCCCAUUUGCUGCCUGCUGCCGCUCUCUCUCUCUCCAGCGCCUCCCGGAAAGGCACGAGGACUACCUCGAAGGGAUCCUCACCCCCGUCAGCCUCUCUCCUCCAAGAACUCCUGAGAGGAACAUGAGAACGGCACGUCCCGAGCGAGAUCGCGUGCGUCGCCGCUCGUCCGUCGUUGCCGACCGUCACCACCCCUUGGACUCUUCCUCGUUGCAGGACAACGCGGGUUCCUUCUCCGAGGGGAUGGCCGAUCCGAAAGAAGCGACGGGCUUCGCUUCCCCUAGCCCGACGAGCAGUAGCAGAAACCACCGCCACCCGCACCACCACCUCGACCACAGGAGGAACAAUAGCAAUAUUCACACGUCUCCUGAAUUCCCUCGGCCAGGAACUGCGUCGUCCUUUUCUUCUCAGCGUGCCGGUGAUUCAAUGGGUCCACCGUCAUCAGCAGCCGACGACGAAUGGACACGAUCGUCGCGAUCGACGUCGUCCGCCUCGCGAAACACCAAUCGGCUGUCAAUCACUCUUCCCAUUGCCCCGCCCACAUCAGACCCUUCGCGACCCUUGCCGAGCUCUGCUGCCUCGUCAGUUUUCGCUCCUUCGGUCCCGGGGACGCCGGCACGCCAGACUCAAUCUGCUCUUCCGACACCUUCUGAUGCCAACGAGUUUAUCAUUGCGAUAGCCGGCCAGGAGCGCCGCGUCAUGGAGCUCCGCGAGGAAUUAAAAACGGCGGAGGACGAAUUGAAGCGUCUCAAGCGCCAGUGGACCAUGCACGAGGCCUACAAAAAGUCCACCGCUAACCGUGCCCCCGAGCCAGCGAAACCUGUCGUGCCGCAGCCAGAAUCGUGGUCCGGUACGCCCUACGAUGACGAUCUGGCCGUGAAGCGGAGCAUAGAGCUCGACAGGAGGAAGCUGCUCUUACAAACCCAGCAGCAGGGCAACACGCCCAAGGAUGAGCGGAAACGCGUGUUCCAGGGCCGUCACGCGAGGACGCUGUCCUUGCUAUCGCCCACGAAGCCGACCUCGUCUGAGUCCUUUUCGGUGCUCGACGAUGAGGUCGAUGUAUGCAAGUCGCCUGAUGUCGAGCAACAGCCCAUCGUGCGCAGACAAUCUGUCAUGAACAAAAGGGCCUCGUGGCAACCGCAGUCCCACCACUCUGCAGCGGUCAACGCCCACCACCACCACCACUACAACCAUAACCACAACAAUGGCAACGCCAUGUCCCAAAUCGUCGAAGACUUUAAGCUCGGUUUCAAGACGUUCUACGAGGACAUCCGCCAAAUCACCGUCGGCGACGAGCCCGUCACGGGCGCCACCAGCGCCACUAGUACCCGGACCACCGCCGUCGACCUCUCGGGCCGCAACAACGCCUCCUCCAACACCAACAAUAACAAUAACAGAGGCUACGCCGAUGAUCAAGAUACCAUCCGCCCCUCACAUGCAAACACGCGUCCCAAGCUCGCCUCCGCCUUCGACUUCCCCGCCAAGAAUAACACAGACGACACAGAGACCGUUGAGACGCCUUCUAAGCCCAAGACGUCAUCCCGCCCUCUCGCCGCCGCUCGGGACCGGAACGCCCGCUCGAGGAAUAAGCACUUUUCGUGGACGCCCCUGUCGUUCGAGGGCAUCGACGGCGAGGCCUGGCUGAACUUCGAUUCGCCCGCCUCGACGGGGAAGUCGACGCGGUGGAGCGGGUCGACUAUGAAUGAGGAGGAGAACGCGAACGUGCAGUCUACCUCGGCCAACAAGGCUCAGGAAACUGAAUCGCCUCUGACUAAGAAGACGACCUCGGCCCUCGGGCUCGUCUCCCCCGUUUCCAUCUCCCCUCAACGCCUCGAGGAACUCACGGCCCAGGUCGUCAACCGGCUUUCGCCCAGUAAUAUUAAGCGCACAGCCACCGAUUUCAUGACGCAGUGGGAGCAGAGCCUCGGCGAAGCCGCCGCCGAAGGCAGGACGAACAAGACUAACGCCCAUGCCGCGGCGGCGCUUGAAAACCCUCCGAUUGCGAAGGAGCAAAAGGAGGAUAAGGAAAAUAUCCUCGUCUGA